AUGGCCGGAAAUAUCGACACCAGCAAUGACAUAUACAGACUCACUGCACGUCCCUUCAUACUCGAACGCGAGGGAGAAUAUGACCAGGCAAUCAAAGUUUAUCAAAACGCAGUUGAGAUCUUGUGUAUGUCCAUUGAAAAAUUCAGAAAGAUGAAUGUACGCAGGGUCAAUCGCAAGAUGUUCGAGCGCCAGGUACAGGUCCAUAGCGACCGACUUGCCUACUUGCAGAUACUUAAGCGUAAGGGGAGCUUUGACGGUAUCGUCCUGCCACCGACAGUCCUCUACGCCAUGGAGGGCUUAGCUGUAAGUCGUUUACUGUUUUACCAAUACGAUUGUCCCAUUGUGGAACUGAGCUGA